AUGGAUUCGCCGUCAAGGCUGCUGUCCAGCCCAUCCAAGGCACUCAAUCCUCUAUCCCCCGAUCGGAUAAAUCAACAGCCACCGCUCCAUUCAACGUUGUCAGCUUCGGACAUAUUCAACUCUCCGCGCAAGAGUGCAAGGGGCUCCUCAGAUGUACAGGCUAAGGUCGCAUUUUUGAACAAUCUUUCGCGAACAGGCAGUCCCGUGGCUGCACCACCACCACCUGGCGGAGGUACAGCAGCCCUACAAAGGGCUAUUCUUGGACGUGAGGAAGCGGAAUCUGCGCUAGCUAGUGUUUCUGCUCAGCUUUCUGAAGCGCAGUCUCGGGAGCGUCGGAUAAGUGAACGGCUAGAAUCAUUGUUGGAAGAAUUACAGGCGUCCAAGGAACGUAAAGCCCACGAACGAACCUUGUUUGAAAAGGAGAUUAGAAAGGCAAGAAAAGAAGCUUUUCGCGCGGGGUCAACGCUGGUGAAAACCCAAGAGGAACUGAAACAAGCGAGAACCGAGAACAAAGGAUUAAAAGAUGAGGUUGAAUCGGAGCGAAAGGCUAAGGAAAAAGCAAAACAGGAAGCUUUUGAACGAGCGUACGCGAUUGCCGGCAUCACAGAGGAACUCGAGGAAGUCAAGGGACAGCUGCGUGCUGUGGAAGCCAAAAAUAAUUCACUCACUCUCAAAACUCGAGCCCAGGCGAUGCGCAGACAGGACGCUGGGAGAAUGUCAUUAGUAGAAGGGGAUCUUGCGUUCCUUCGGUCGCCCGCCCCUCAGAGAUCGAAACGAUCAGUGGAGGAAAUGGCCGAAUCGUGUGCCCCAGAGUCAAAGGAUGCUUCUACGCAGUGUACGCCUCCAAAGAAACCAAGACUUUCAGAUGUGAAACCACAACAAGAAGUUCAGGAGCCACCCAAGCGUGACAAUAAUCAAUUGAUAAUCCGUCAACUGCAAGAGACUCUCCGGGUGGAAAAACGGCUAAGAACAAAUGCGGAAGAUUUAACGGAGUUCUUGCGGAUGGAAUGCCAAUUCAAACGGUGUUCGUGUCGGAUCGUGGAAGAGCAGGAGAAGAAGGUCCAUAAAUACCACACUACACAACCUCAGAGUACAAAGCUUGCAACUAAGGAGAAAGAAAAAGCUCCUUCCAUGAAAGAAGUUCGUGAAUACCAGGCUGCUGAACACAAUGUUGCAGUCCACCCUCAACCUUCCCAGGAAACAUCCAGUGAAACAACUGAACCUACUGAAGGAGUGCAAGUGGAAACAAUUGACGAGGCUGCGGAGGAGCCUCUUAUUACCUUCUCGCCUAUCACCGGAACUUUCCAUACGAUUCCAUCCCCAGUAAGAGGGUCUGUGAAAAAACAACCUGCCAUUCCUCAAAUGUCGCCCGCCGGUACUGCUCAGCGCCAGCCGACAAGUCCUCUUGCAAAAUACGAAACCAACCAAGAAGAAAUAGCCUUGGAAUCUGGGCAACCAGCAUCUCCAGAAACGUCUCCUGCUUCCGAUGCCCGUCUUUCACCCGCUAUUGGCCAUGAGCCUUUGGAUGAUCAACCAGUGAUACAGAACAGCUCCAAUAGAGAUUCAAUGAACGGUGAUAAUCUCAGAAAGGUUCCCUUAAGAGCUGAAGGGUCACUGCCAAACCAGCUUGCUGCUGUUCCCGGAACUCCGAUUAGUCGGGAAGAAGCACUGGCACAGAUCAGAGCACGCAGAGGUCGGACUAAUACAAUGAAGAGAUCCGUCAGUGCAACCGAAAGCACCCUUCGCGCUGCUGAUACGAGCGCCGCACCAGGUCGGAUGACUCAUCGUAUCCCCGGUGUCCAAAAUGCAAACAGAAGGAGCGACAAUGGUGAUAUCAGGAGUCGACGGGAUUUAAGCGCACCGGUCCGGAUGACGCAUCGGUAA